CUUCUCCUCAAUCGGUCAUUUUUCAAGUUCGUUCGCGAACUAAAGAUACCUGGUCAACUGCGACUUAACCGAACUUUAUUUAUUUCUAUUAUUUUUUACUUUUUUUUCUAAUUAACCGGUAGCGUUCAAGUUUCUCCAACUUAUAUUUCGAUUAUUGCAAGACCUCCACUUUUUUUUUUACAAAGGUCCUUGUUGCAACGGAAAAACAGGAUUAAUUCCUGCCUUACAAGGAUUAACGUUUGUUUACAAGGCCGACCUUUCGAUAAGAGGAGUUUGUAAAAUGUCAACAAUUUCUAUUUCGGGAGGACUUCGCCUGCGACUCUUCAUCCAUUGACAUCACGUUUUACACGAUAAUUCGAGUUUAAGACGUAGUAGAUUAGGAUUUGGCCUAAUCUACGUUGAAAUCGUAAUCAAUACUGCGUCAAUAGAUCCGCCACGCUUAAGGACUCAUUUAGACCGACUUUUUGUCAUUCUCCGGAGGAUAAUUAAGUCAAUUAAUCCGAGGAUUGCACAGAUUUGAGUAGAAUUUCGCAAAUAAAUCGCCAGCCUCGAAGGGCCUCGGGGUUUCAAAACAAACGCCUUCCUUGAUUUUGGGAAAGAGAUUUUGAAGCGGACAAAUUCCAAUUUCACUUCUUUUUUUACCUAAGCCGAGGAGCACGUUGAGCUUAAGUGGCCCUCCGACACAGUCAUCUUAAAGUACAAAAAAAAAACAGAUUUCAAAAUGAAAAACAAACUGUGUUUUAACUGCUGAACAUUUUGAAGUCAACAAUGAUAAAGCAACCUUACAUGGUUUUACAAUUGUUCAAUUUGAAAACUUGCUACAAUGAGCACUCAGCUCCAAGAACAUAUCCUGAUGGGAUUAUGCGUUAGCGGAAAUGAAUGUAAUAAAAAUGACAGUACACAUUCAGAUGAAGAAAAAUCGACUGACCCAGAGAAACCACUCUUGGAGAAGGAUAAGUGUGACGACGAAUUAGUCGAUGGCGCAGCAGCUAUGUGCGUCGACGAUAAUAAAGCGAAAAGGGUGAUUUAUCCCAAUGUCCCAUUCUCGCCCUAUUCUUCACCGAGAUCUGUCCGUCGUAAACCACCGCUCAAAGAAAGUAGAAGAGUUAGCAUCGAUAAGACCGGGACCUAUCUUCAACUAAACCAAUACAAACUUAUGGAUUCAAUUGGCCAAGGGUCUUAUGGAUUAGUUAAAUUAGCAUAUAAUGCUGAGGAUGAUACAAACUAUGCUAUGAAAAUUUUAUCAAAGAAGAAACUUUUUAAAAAAGCUGGAGUUUUUGGGCGUCAAAAUCAGAACCGGAAAGAGAUCAACCCAUUAGAUAAAAUAUAUCGAGAGAUAGCCGUUUUGAAGAAGCUUCAUCAUCCCAAUAUUGUCAAACUUGUCGAAGUACUCGAUGAUCCGGUAGAAGAUAACCUUUAUAUGGUGUUUGAAUUAGUUAAACGUGGGGAAGUAAUUCAUCUACCAACUAAGUCUCCUCUAAGUGAACAAAAAGCAUGGGAAUAUUUUAGAGAUGUUCUUCUAGGCCUUGAAUAUUUGCAUUUUCAAAGAAUUGUACACCGUGAUAUAAAACCUUCAAAUCUUCUUCUCGGCGAAAAUGGGCAUGUGCAAAUAGCUGAUUUAGGAGUGUGUAAUGAAUUUGACGGAAUCGACGCAUGCUUGAACAACGCAGCUGGUACUCCUGCAUUUACUGCUCCUGAAGCAAUUUCGACGACAACGCAUUUUAGUGGAAAGGCGUAUGAUGUCUGGUCACUUGGAAUAACAUUAUUUGGGUUUGUUUACGGAUGUACUCCAUUUGAGGCUGAUAGUAUUCCAACAUUGUACAACAAAAUACGUAAUGAUCCACUCGUAUUUCCCAUGCAGCCAUCCAUCAGUCAAGAUUUGAAAGACUUGAUCACAAAAAUGUUAGACAAGAAUCCAAAUACACGUAUCGGCCUUAAAGAAAUUAAGGCUCAUGUUUGGGUUACGAAAAACGGAGAAGCUCCUCUUCCUACUGAAAGUGAAAAUUGUCAACUUGUAGAAGUGACUGAAGAGGAAAUUAGAGAUGUGGUGACAUCAGUUCCAAAACUAGAUACUCUUAUUUUAAUUAAAGCCAUGUUGAAAAAGCAUUCCUUUCAAAAUCCAUUUUCUGUCGACUCGAGGAUGAGAAGGCUGUAUUGUACUGGGAGAUCUCACUCUGCCCCCGGCUCUUGUAAUUGGUUCAAUGCACUAGCUUCAACAUCAGCUCCCAAUAAUCCCUUGACUCCUGUUUCUGAAGGAGCUGCACAUUGUUCAAAAAACAAAAGAAAAUGACUUAUUCUAUUUAAUAUUUUAUUCUUAAAAAUUUCAUCAGAUAUUAUUGCUUUCUGAACAAAGGUAAGUUGUUUGAAAGGAAAAACCCUACACCUCGAAAUUAAUCAAUUUAAAUUUUAUCAUUAAAUGAAAUUGUGCACUGCAAACCAUCGAAACAUAUCUUUAAGCAAUCACAAUGUCAAAAUAUUGCAAUCAUUAUUUAUUCUGUUACUAAGUUACAAAUUAUUGUUGUUUAUCGAAGGAAAAGUUUUCAAAUGAAUUUUGGUAAAUUUUAAUAUGCAUAAUGUUUAAGUAUUCAUUUCUUUGAUAUACUAAGCAAUGUCAGCUUGCCACUACCUGCAAAUGAGCGUUUUGGUUUAAAAAAAAGUCCUUGUAACAAUUUAUCUAAUAACAUUUCAAGUUGAUUAAGUAGUUUUAUACCAGUAGUUUUACUCGUUUUGAUUGGGCACAUAGUUAGGCUAUAAAAAAAACUAUAAAAGACAAAUUUACCAUAAUGCUCAUUGGUUGCCUAUUGAAUCUCAUAUUAUGCAAUCGACACUAAGCAUUAUGUAUAAGUUUAUACGGUAUAAGAAUUUUUUAACAAACAAUUAAAGUAAAUUUGUGUAUAUAUUUAAGAAGCACCAACAUUUUAAUCAUUUAAAUAUGUGUUCAGAAUUGUUUUCUCACAACUGCUCAAGCCUGCUUGUUAAAUUUUUGUUCCACCUUAUUACCUAUAUUUUUCCUCAUUCCAAAGCAAAUAUUCUCUAUUUAAUUAUUCUAUUAUUUGCAAAAUUUUAUGGUGAUAGAAAUCCUGCCAAAAUUAUCUUUACUUUGUGACUGUUAGUAAUUGACUAAUUUUUUCUUAAGACAAAUUUAGCACAUGCUUGAUUUUCCAUUUUGGAACUUUUUUUUUAUAAAAAGAUUUUUCAUUUUUGUGAAAAAUUAAUAGAAUAGAUGAAAUUUAAUAUGGCGAUUUUAGCUUAGGCAAAAGUGAUAUUUCAUAAAAUAAGUAUUGGUUAACAUAUUCAUAUUAUUCUUGUAUAUUCGGCGUACGUGUUUUUCAAAUGAUCUUUUAUUUGCUAGUGACGUUUCAUAUAAUUGUUAGAAUAUAUUUUCUCAUGUUCCUUCUUAUAAUGGUCUGAAUUAUUCGGCAUGGGCAUCAAUCCUUAGGGACUAUACAUGGCAAUUUUCAUAUUCCACCUGUUACAUUUUUAAGAUAUAUUAUACACAAUUUUUCAUUACAAAAAAAUCACACAAAGAAAAAUAUAAAAUAACUGAUGUCAUUGCUGACCAAUGCCUAGACCCCAUGGUAUAAAGGAUCUACAUGAACAACGGACAAUUCCUCACUAAAGAUGACUCAAAGCCGAAAUGCAUUUAACAUCAAAACCCGUGAAAGAUGGACUCAGUGUCAGUAUAUCUUAAUAUUUUGCAAGUUGAUGGUUAUACUUAAAUUUGUAAAUUUUGAUCGUGGUUUGAUUUGUAAAAUUCAUAUCAUCAUGAGUGAACACAUUUUAGGAUUUCAUGCAGAAAGCAGAUUGCAUAAGUUUCUGUUUUUGUGCUAUUAUUUAUAGCUUCUGCAACAUUUCUUCUUAAAAUGUGUCAGGUGAACUUAUAUAGAAGAAAAUGAACUGUUUGAACACAGUUUACAAGUUUAUUUGAAUGACUAAGCAAACACACAGUACAACCAACUGUUAUGCUUAACUUAGACGGACUGUGUAAGCCCUCUCUAAGUACUACACAAGAUGGCGGGGACAACAUAAUUAAAGCCAUCAAUAUAAUAAACAAUACUAUUACAAUACAAAUAAUAAAUUGUUUAUUAUUUUGUUUGUGUUGUUUGUUGUAAAUUCUUUAUCUAACAAAAAUGCAAUAGCAUAUUUACAACGGAAGUACAUCCAUAUUUGCAACAGUUUAAAUACUUAAAUUCACUAAUUUUGUGGUCCACUUGACCAAUUAAUAUAUUAUAAAUAAUUAAGGUUUUUACCUCAAUUAAAAACCUUAAUUAAUUCUAGUUUAAAUACUUUAGUCCUGUAUUCUUUUUUAGAUACGACCUAAAAUGACCCUAGGGGACCGCAGUGUCUUGAGUUGUUAGGGUGUCCAAGUCGUAUUUGCCACACGAGAGGUUCUGGAUUCAAAUUCCUGCAUAGCUCGUGCGAUUUUAGCCGGUCAUUAAGCCUUUAUGACAUUUAUUUAUUUUUUUAUCAUUUGCGAAAUUGGUUAUUCAAAAAAAUUUCUCCCUUGGAAUAACAAUGUAAAAGAUAUUUGGAUCAAAAACCCAUUUAUUUAGAUUUUUAGAAGCGCUAUUAGGUUGUUCAAAAACAGAUAAUUGUAUUUUAAAGGGUUACUUAAGCAAUCAGACAACUGUUAUAGAACACACAUUAUAGAAAUCCAUAGCCUGUAUGAAAUUAAAUGUAUAUAUAAUGAUAACCAAGGAUAAAAGAUGAGAACAGUAUAUUUGCUUAUAAGGUUUAUAUUUUCAAAAUAUUCAAUCUGUAGGAAGAAUUUUUGUAAAUAACUAUAUUGAAUCACCCCUUUUUUAAAAAUCCUUUCCUCAUUCUAAAUUUGAGCGAAGGCUGGUGAAAUGAAAUUUCUUGUGAUCUUCGUUUCACAAGGACAGCAAUAUUAUCGUUAAAACUAAAAAUAAUUUGCAAAUUUUACAUGGGUCUUAAUUCUAGAUAUUGGGAGACGCUGACUGGUUUUUAAGCUUUAAAUGGUUAGGGAAAAAUGUUCGUUACCAUAUUAUCAAAAUUGCUCAGCAAACAUUUUUUUUACUACAUAUCAAAUUAGCUAUGGACACAUAGUGGAAUAAAGUAUCCUAUAAUUGUUUUAGUUAUGAUCAUUUUAUGAAAUGUUAUAAGUCUUAUUAGGUUAAGCUAUCAUAGUAAGCUUAUUAUUAAGUAGGAAAAUCAUACAUUAACUUGUUUCAAUAAGUUGAUCAUAACAAUUUGUAACACAUCAUAUCGUAAAUCAGUGGUUCUCAACCUAUUCCUCUAGUGGUUCAGAUUCCCAAGGCUUACUACCAACCCAUAAUCCUCCAUACCUUGUCAUAGCUUUGAUUAAAGAGGGUGAAUUUGGAAGGUAGGUUGGAAAUGUAGGCAGGCUUUUGACUAAGGUUUUCCUUUUAGUCUUCCUGCCUUCCAUCUAUUUUGGCAGUAUGUUAUCUUUCAAGGCCACUUAUAGAAGAUGGGUAAAGUGAAUGUGAAAAUGACCAAGUUGUUGAAAAAAGUCUCCUUUAAAAAAGUUUGAUAUUCUACGAUGGCCUGUUUCUGACAAUAGGAAGUAUUUUUAAAAUGAUGAACCCUCCCAAGUGUUGUAUUGCCUUAUUGCCAAUCCAUUAGGUUUAAUUCUGACAAUGGCAAAAAGCCUUGAAGGGAGGGGUAUUGAACGAUUAUAGCUGCCCAUUUUCAAUACAACCUUUCCAGAAAUUAAAUUUCACAGUAAAUUUGAUUUCAUCAAGAAGUUACGAAACGUUACGACAUUUUUUAAGUGCACAGCUGCAUUUAGCGAUUUUUUAACUUUUAUUUUUACCUCCAGGUUGAGAACCAAUUUCCUAAAUUUAAUGCUGUAAAUAAAGUUUGUCAUGCCUCAGAGCUUUAGAGGAAUUUAUGUGAUUAUAAUUAAACAGUAAAAAUUUUCAUUCCGUGAUAAAUUAAUGUAUGGCAACAAUGGUAAUAAAUAAAUUAAUUAAAUGAUCACUUUUCGGACCAUACUUCACAACCAUCAUAAUCAUAAAUCAUUGUACAUUUAUUAAUUUGACCGCAAAAUAUUAAACAGCAUUACAACUAAGAAUGAAUUUAUGAGUUUAGCAUAGUAGAGCAGGUGAGAUUUACCACCCGUCCGUUCUGUUGUUUGUAAAACUCCUUGUUGUCCUAUUGCACCUGGCCAUUUAUCUUAAAUUACACAAAAUUUAUGAAGUAAUAUAAUUAAUUUUAAUAACUAUGUCUGCCUUAUAUUAUAGUGAGUCUCUCUAAUAAAAAUGAGUACCUGUCACAUAAGGUCGGAAAAUACUUGAAAUGGUGUGAAACAGUUUUAAUGAGCAAGUAAUAUAAUGUUGGAUGUACCACCCCUAAUUAAUUUUAGUGUUACUAUAAUUCUUUCAAGUCUCUUUGUCGAUUUUUUCCCAUUUAAAUUCCAAAAUUUUCUGAAUCCAUUUUAGCAUUUCAAGUAGUAAUACAGCAUCCACUUUGCAUUCUACAUUUUUAUACUUAAGGUAGAAUGUAUUUUUCUAUCUUUUCACUCUCUCAAUGUGAAGUAUCUUUUUUAAUAUCAUAUGCUGUUGACCAAAGAAUAAUUUCUCAAAUUUGCAUUAUAAAAAAUGUGUUCAACGACAGAGCCUUAUUUGUGUGUAAUAUUGCGUAUCAAAGUGCUACAGUUUUAAAAUUAUAAAGUUUUCUUAGAUCCAUGCACUUAUAUUGA